AUGGACCCCGACGAGGCGUCGCGCCACAUGAAGCGCUGCGUCGACUCGGGUCUGUGGAACCCGACGGGCGGCGAGGGCUCGCCGGACGACGACGAGGCGGAGGCCGAGGGGCGCGCAAAGCCCUCUGAGGAUGAGUACGCAUGCACGCGCGGCGACUCGAUGACGUGA